UUCUGCUGCUAUCUCUCCGCUAUAUCGACAAUCGCAUUAAUUAAUACAUAGCGUGCUCGUCCACCGCAACUUCCACUCUUCACACGCAAACACAUAGCAAGCUGGCCGUCAUGGACCCGUCACCGAUGCAGUCACCCAGGACAGCGCCUACACAAAACAACACUGAGGGAGCGACCGCGACCUCAGAAAUCCCUCCACAGUCGCUAGCCUUUGGUGGAAGUACUUACGAUGCGGCCGACAAGCCCCGCCCCUUGCCCAUUCGCUUCCAUAGCUCCGAUGACAACAACCCCGCCCGAAGGGCCUCCGUCCAGUUCAUGCCUAACGUCAGAGUCGCUGGAGGAACCGCUGAAGCCAGCCGCAGCCGCAGUCGUAGGCCAGUACCCAUAAAGGAGUCCUCGGUCAACAGGCGACUCAGCAGCCCUCCUCCACCUACCCAGUUCAAACCCCGUGUUUCUUUUGACACGUUCGACAAUCGUGACGCCUCCGACUUCUCUCUGACUCUGAGUCGCAAGCAUCGCGAGUAUGAAUACACCAAGCGCUCGCGCACCUUUCUCUGCGGCACAGACUCCAACGACUACUCCGAUACUGCUCUGGAAUGGUUGAUUGACGAACUUGUCGAUGACGGCGACGAGGUCGUCUGUUUGAGAGUGGUCGAGAAAGACAGCAAAGAAGCAGCAAAGUGGGCUGGUGGUGGUAGCGACCGAGGUGGCAGAGAGCGCAGUUACCGUAAGGAGGCUAACCGCAUGCUUGAGCGUAUCGAGGAGAAGAACACUGAAGACAAGGCCAUCAACAUCAUCCUGGAGUUUUCUAUCGGCAAAGUCCAGGACACGAUUCAGCGCAUGAUCAGAAUCUAUGAGCCGGCCAUUCUAGUCGUCGGUACAAGAGGUCGAUCUCUAGGAGGCUUCCAAGGACUGUUGCCAGGUUCCGUGUCCAAAUACUGCCUCCAACAUUCACCCGUCCCCGUCAUCGUCGUCCGACCCUCGUCCAAGCGCGAUAAGAAGAAGCGCAAGAGACUUCAAGAUCCCACACGCCGUGGCUACCGCGACAUUCUCGACAAGAGCGACAACACUGCCACCAAUGAUGCAGGCUACACCAUGGAUCCUCUACACCGCCUUAGCAUCAUGCCGGGAGAUGGUCUAGGCGCCCUGCCAGAGCUUGAGAAACGCGACGCCGAGGAAGAAGCCCGAAUGGUUGCAGAGGCCAUCGGAUACCGCCCAGACCAGAUUGCAGCAGACGGAGAGCCCCUUAGUCGAGUGACCUCCGCCCGCUCAGACGUCAGUCGCCGUAGCGGACGCAGUGGUCGCAGCGGUAGUUUCGGCAGUACCCGUAGUGAGAGUCCUGAGACGUUCCGAUCUCCAUCCCGCGGUCUGUUGCAAUCACCACAAUUACGCGCCGUCCAUCCUGACUCUGGAGCCGAGAACUCGGAAUAUGACGACUCGGACGACGAGCGUGACAACAGUGCCGCGCCUCCUCACUCUGCAUACUACGAAGCUCAGGAGAGAGCAUUGAUGGAAGCAAGAGAACGAGCACUGAAAGCUGAAGAAGAGGAAAAGGAACGGGAGAGACAGGCAAAGGAGAAGAAGGAGAAUGCAAAGUCUGGCGGAGGUGGAGGAGGUGUGGGUGUACUGGAUCUUUUGGACCAGUUGGGUGGAGGUGGUGACGAGCCGAAGACUUCGACGAAGGGGAAGAAGUCAAGAUACCCGAUUCCUUGAGCGGGCCACAUUGGUCCGUGGUAGUCGGGAAGGAAGCACAGAAGGCAUCCAGCCUGCGGGACUGUCGUAUGUCUACUGGAGCAAUCGCUUUUCGGCAUCAGAUAUGAAUAUCCAAAUUCCUCUCCAAUCUUUCCUUUCUUCUGCCCACAUGGUGUUGGACACUCACACUGUGACCAAUGCAUUGAGCUAUAUGUCACUCGAUCAAAAGGCUGUCCAUGAAGAAGAUAGGUACAUGUAUGCCAUGCUACUCUACCAAUUGCCAAAAAAAAAAACGCCAUCUGUAAAUGCCCCUAGCCCUCAUCACGCUUUCCAUGCAGAAGAAAAGUGAAAAAGAAA